AUGCUUCGCAAACACUCGUCGCUCGAGCAGCUGCUGCGUCUGACCAAAACCGCCACCAACACGUACACGAAUGCGAGUCAGUUCAACAUCCCGUUUAGAGGGCGCGGGCUGUUUGGAGGCACCAUGGCAGCACAGGCCACUGCGGCCGCACUCUUGUCGCAAGAGUCCCCGGCCUGGAAACCGAUCUCGCUGCAUUGCCAGUUUCUCAAAGCCGUCACACAGGACCCGCUCACAUACGUUGUGGAAGACCUCAAAUCGGGCAAAAACUACCAGACCAAGCAGAUCAACCUGUUUCAGAACGACAAACUAGCCUUCACUGCCGUUUGCGGCAUCCAACGAACAAAAUUGCAAGGGUCCGCGGGGAACCUUGACGGCCAGCUUAGUCAUCAUCGGUCCGCUCCGUGUGUGGGGCCCCUUAUAGACCAGAACACAGCAUUCGAAACCUGGGCCAAGAAAACGGAUAAUUCUGCACGAUUAGGCGAAUUGAUCGAACAUUAUGCAGCCGAACCUCUAGAAUGGAAACUCCCCGAAAACAUGUUUGAUCUUGAGAAAGUCUCGAGCUCAGAACAAUCUGCACCCGUCUCGGACCGCACCCUGUGGUACCAAGUGCGGCCAAAAGUGCCCGUUCCAGAUCCUGUCUACCAAUGGGCGCUGGUGGCCUAUAUUUCUGAUUAUUUUUAUCUAAGCACAAAUAUGCGACUGAACAUGCGGCCAAUGUUCACCACAAAAUUUUCCGUGUCGCUCGACCACACUAUCUACUUUGAAAACCCGAUCACAGACGGCUGGACCACAUACGGAGUGAAAAGUCUGGUCGCUGGCGAGGGAAGAAGCAUCAUGACCGGCGAAAUGUUCCAAGGACCAGAUCUCGUGGCCACCACUUUCCAGCAAGGACUGUCUGUGGUCUAA